AGAACAUUCACUGAAUUCGAUGGACUGUUAGCGAAAGUGGUCUGAAGCUGAAGGGAGGUAGUAGCAGAAGGACUGGGCAUAAAUUACCUUGCAGCUGGAAUGACAUUUCGCUCGAAACGAGGGACACACACAAAUCGAGAACAAUUAUUGGGUGCACUCGUGCAUGGCAAGCAGUACACCCACAGGCCAGAGAUCGGACUUGCCACUCUCCAACACACAUACACCGAGUCCCGAGUGUUAGUGGCGGUGUACGGUGUAUGUGUGUGGGUGCGUUUGUGGGGAUGCGUGUCCUAAUGCCCUUAAUUUGAAACGUUUCCCCUGAAGGGGACGAUGAUUCGUUUGCUGGAUCACUUCGUGCCGAGAAGAAACCGCUCAAAAGACAUCCAUAUGACCAUAUGUGCUCUGUAUGGGCUGAUUGGAAGGCAUUUUUGAGACUUUUGGAAGUCUAAAAUCCAAUGCUAGAGGUCCCCUAUUCACGUUUCAUAGGACGAAGACGAUGCAUUGAGAGGUUCGCCCUUAUCGCACUCUCUCACACACACACACACGGAGGACACCAGCGGGAAGACCUCUGUAGAAUCGUGAAAGAAAGCACACAAUAACAAAAAAAAGCACACGAACAAAUCAAAUACAGUGAGAGGGAGAGCGAGCGAGGAAGAGAGCGAGAGAGUUUUCCAUAGGUGAAAACCGUUUAGGAAAGCGUGGCUCAGCGUGGCUCCAAAGAUCCAUCGCUCUCUCCCGUUACAAACAGGACCUGAUAAAACAGGCUCCGAGCUGGAGAGCAACAUUGAAGCGUGUGAUACAAUGUGAGACAGUGUGCGUGUUCGAAACACACUAUCUCUCUCUUUCUCUCUCUCUCUAUCACACACACACGCUCUCAAAAUGGAGCAACAUUCAGUGGAGCGUAUUGUGUGGAUAAUACCUCAACGUGUGUGCAAGUGUGUGUGUGUGUGCUGUGGCUUGCCUUUGCUCCGUGUGUUGCUCCGUCGUGACCUCGCAGUACGCAUGAGUGAUGUUAUCGAUUGAUUGCGCACGCAAACCCUUUGCUCGUCGCGCCAUCUCUCGCAUGCGGCCGAGAGACCGUUCGGCAGUAGCAGCAGCACCAGCAGCAACAUCAGCAGUAGCAGCACCAUCAGCAGGCUGCGCACACUUUCUGUGCCAAUGGUGGAAGUGUUGUUACAGCACCAGCAGCAGCAGCAGCAGCAGCGGCGGCAGCUCGAGUCGUCGGUGUCAGUGUCGGUGCGGUCGUGGAGCAGUGUCGCUAGUGUGGCGUUUGUCGCCCGCGGUGUCCGUCUGUGUGGGCCCGUGAGCCCGGUUUCGGUGGUGGUGCAGGGUGCGUGCGCGCGUGACCGUUGCGGGCACUAAGAGCGUGAAAAGAGCGCGUAAGAAAGGGAAGCGAGUAGGGCAAACGGCACCGCGCGAAGCGAAAGAAGCAAGAGAAGAGGAAAAGGAAGCAAGCGAGCAAGGUUGUAGAAGCGAGCGAGCGAAGAAGAAAAAGAAAAGCGGGUGCAAGCGAACGGGGCUGCCGGAACGCACUGUGGCGAAGUUGUCGUGGCAUUGCCGGAAGUGACGUGCUGGGGGGGAAGACGAAGAACAGGCGCGCGGCAACCGAGGGGCGGGAGGAGGAGGAGAAGGAGGCGGGACGUUACGGCGCAUCGGCGGACGAUGAUGGUGGGGCCAUGAGCCCGAGCCCCGAGGUCGUUGCGAGCCGCAAGCGCGUCUCAAGCGGGCCUGCACCAUGCUAGCGCCGCCGAACCCGAGGUCAAUAUGCGGCCAGGACCCGGGCUGGUCGUGAUGGCGCUUGCGUUUAUUUCGGGGGCUCGGCGAGGCACCGGUCAACAGAGCAGCAGUGCCAGUCAGAGUGGCAGGUUGGGCAUAGUUGGAGAAGACAAUACGGGAGCAGGCGGCGCACUAACGCGGAUCAAUCCGUGGCUUUCGGCGUGCGAUCUGGAGCAGCCCAACUCGGCACCGGAUCUCCAGGGUCAAUGUUCAGCCGGUACACUGCCUGUGGCCUGGAUAGACGAAGGUCCUGGACCACCGCGGUGUCCACCGCCAUGUGCAACGCUGCGUGCGCAUGCCGCGUCUAAUAAUAAUAAUAACAUUAAUAAUAAUAAAAAUAAUAAUAAAAAUAAUAAAAAUAGUAAUAAGCCAUACAAUAUUGAUAAUACUAAAUAUAACAUGGAGAACCGGUUAAAUGAUAAACAACAGUGCCUUGACUAUUUGGGCGAUAAUGAAGAGUUAAGUCCAGCACAAAUUUGUAAAAAAUCGUCACAAAGUAUUGAGACCAAGCUGCAAACAUUACGUUUAAGACAUUGUUGUGAGCGUACCGUUGGCAGUGCUUUACACAACGCAGCCUACGCCGACGUGCUGCACGGCGGACCGGGCUGCACCGGGCGGCUGACCGAGCUGCUCGAGACGGACGCGCUGGCGGCACGGAUCACAUGCGAAUUUACCGAGGUGCUGAUACGGUACGACUGCGGACAGCCGUACUCUAUCAUCCACCACUGUGAGGAUUGUAAGGAGGCAUAUCGAAGGUGGGGCUGCAGUGUUUUUAUACCGUACUUCACGUCGAGGGACGACAUCAAAAGUGUUAACAAUAAAACCGGUGAUCGAGACAGUGACCGUGCUACCCAGGGGAAAUCGAACGCCAUCUUUGGGGACGCCGCGAACAAGCAGACUGAACCGAACAUGAACGAUGCAAACAAACAGCAACUAGUAAAAAAUAUAUCAAUCACUGUAAAAAGUUCACGCCGAAAAACGCAACGAGUACGAAUACGACCAUGUCUAAACGUAUGCCAAACCGUAGAGCAAAAGUGCCCGUAUAUGCUGCCGGGCGAUCGGGCUCCAGCCUAUCCGACGCAGUACGCCGGCGAACCGACGUUUCUUUGUCGAGAUCUUAACAUCGAAGAAACGGGCGAACAACUGCGAAAGUCAAACAACGGCCCGACCGGUUGCUGCUACGACUACUGCGGCCUGAGCCCGAUCGACGGCCUGUGCGCACGCUGUGAUCCGCUGCAUAACGAGACGCGCCACCCGGACAGUGCGGCGCUAGCGUUGAGCAGCGAACCACCGGCGAUAUCGGCCAGCUGCCCGAGCAUCACCACCCCGACGAGCAGCUCCUCCCAGUCCGAGCAGUGCCGGUUGUCGCAGGGCGGCAUCGCGUCCACCGCUACGACCAGCUCUCCCAGCACCACCAUCACCGCCACCACUGCUGGCCGCGGCAGCAGCAGCAGCAGUACCACCGCCAGUACCACCGUCAGUAGCCGAAGAGUAGUAGCGGGAGACAGUACCACCACUACCACGGCGAUGUCAAUGCCGUCGGGCGUUUCGUCGCCCGUGCGGGCCGUUUCGUCUCUGCUGCGUGCGGUCUGCGCACUCGGCUCGGUCUACCGGACGCACACGAGCGGUGUGCAGUCGUGGAUCGCGAUGGUGGCCGUACUGACCGUCGGUACCGAACUGGUCGCCUGGACGAAGCAGCUGGUCCAUCUGCUGGUGGUGUUAUAGCUCGCGGUCCGAGGGCUCCGGCAGCUGAACCGGAUCGCAACAUUCUGCCCCCGGUUUGACCGGCUGCACCACCAGCAAUGUACCACCAUCAGCAACAAAGUACCCCGUCUCAGGACACUUCCGUUUGGGGGAACGACGAACCGACGAACCGUAACGCACGGGUAAGGUCAAAUGUGUCAAGCAGUGUGUAAAUCAUACCGGAGGAGAAUUGCAGUGCGCUACAUCAACGUUAAGCGCAUGACUGUAGCGUGUUGCAAAAUGCGAGAAAAAAAACAGAAGAAAAAAACAAACAAACCAAACCGAAAAUGAAAAACUACACCAUAGCAAGUGUCACAUUGAAAGAAGCAACACAAAAACAAAACAACAAACAAAACAAAGAAAAAAGAAAACCCCAAAUAAUAAUAAUAAAUAAUAAUAAUAAUAACGAUAAUAGCUGCAAAUUGAGAGUCCAAUAGGGGUGCGAAAUAGCGAUCAGAUUUUAGGAGCAAAUCGAAGCACCGUAUAGCGAAAGUGAAAAAUGCGUUCGCCGAAACGAAACAAAAUGACACACACUCAACAAUAAGCUAAAUAAGAAAAAAAACACAACCACAAAACACACAUGUCACACAACACACUCAAACAAAAACUAGUGCAAUAAACGAAAGAAAAACACCCAAUCCAAUUUGAAGAGAAAAGAAAAAUUAUCGAAUAUUGAAAGAGAAACAUUGAGUAGUAAAUGAAGAAAACAAACAAACAAACAACACUACAGAAAAGGAAAAACACAGAAAAAUAAAGCAACAACCACCACAUCGGAAUGUGCAGUAGUACUCGAUGGUAAGGAUCCAGCGAUGGAUCGCGGGGAGAAAUAAUUACUCCACACGAAACCGAUAUUUGUAACAAAAAGCUUAACAAAUAAGCAAUUCACCAAGUUAAGAGAAUAAAACCAGAACAGUGUAGCGUUUAACAUGACUUUUGGAAAGUGGGGGUAUUGAAGUGAAGAAGGGAUACGUCUGCCAAACAUCUAUAGUACGAAUAAGGCAACAAACAAAACUAACGAAUAACGCAAAGGAAGCAAAAGGUAGCCAAAGCGUCCUCGAAUGUCCCGAAACACACGUUUGCCGGCUGCCACGAUUGGAGGAGCUUUUGUGGUGUGAAAGCACAAGGGGUAAGAAGUAACAGAAACAUACGCGUAUACAAUAAUGUUACAACGCUGAAAAGGAGGGGGGAAGUAAACAACAGUAUAACAGUGGGUAGGGAGCAGAGUAUAACAGAGGUGUUUGGGUGAAACAUACCGUCAGCAGCGGAAAGCCAUGAAGGUGUUACAUCACAAAUAACAUUAACAACACUGAUGGACAAUUUAGGCGAAAUAUUAAAUUUAUCUUAUUGCUAAGAUUUAGAGAGCAGAGAACCAGAAAAAUACAAUGGUGGAUAUAAGAAUGUUAAACCGGUUUAGGGCAAAGUAACACAUGCAUAAUGAAAUCCACAAUUUAUUGACCGAGGUACCGGGGCAAGCAUGCAGCUAGUGAAAAUUCGGGUUUGAUUGAAUGAGUGGUGAAGAUACCACAAAAUACCGCUCACAUACACACUUCGUUGCACUAACACGUAAGCAAUAAAACGUGUAAGUGUGUAUGUGUGUGUGUUUAUGAGUCUAUGUAUGUGUGUAUUCACACUCGUAUUCAAUAACACACUAGCCCGUCGUGGUUUUGCAAACCUUCACUCGUUUUAAAUGUACGGCAAACAAACCAAACAUCAACAGCAAACAACCUAAUAGUUGUCGGGCUAAGUAGUUGUAAUUAUCUCGGUAAUCUCUCUAACGCAGGGCUAGCGUUACAGACAUUAAAACAAACAAAAAAUCACGAAACAGGCAAAGUAUGUGCGUGUUUCUGAUUUUUCGUUGUACAAUUUGGCCAACCGCUGAACCGGAAAACGAGAUUCGCCACCAGAUGAAAGUAGGGGCAUUAACAUACCUUCGCGUAAUGGAUACAUAGUAAGUUGUAUAAAGAAAGGGUAGGACCGAGAGGAAUUAAUGUUGAACCGGUGAUGGUACGCGCUGGAGGUGUGUUAGUUUUGUUCGUUGUGAUGUGACAAGUUGUUGUUUUUUCGCGUGAAUCGUUUUAUGUUACGUUUGUGUUGGAGCUGAAUUUCGUACAUGCGGGUUCCACGUUUAGUGUGGGGUUAUUGGGAGAUAGGGGAAGCAAAAGUGAGUAAGGACACCAUAGAGCCUGCGGAACCGGAAGGAAGGUGUUAGUAGUGUAACAGGAACAUGGAAGUACAGAAAGAGAGAGAGAGAUAGAGAGGAAAAAUACACACAAAAGAAAUACAAUGCUAUUACUACUAAGAGAUGACUAAUCCGCAGGAAUAUGAGAUGUACACUAGUUUUUAUUAAUGAAAACAAAACAACCUUCCAACUAGCGCAAUACCAUGCAAGCGUGCUAGCGUAUAGACACAGCAGAAGUAGAAGGAACAGCAUAGGAAAACCGUUGCACCGAUCACCGAUUAACACAUCGUAUACACACACACACACACACACACACACACACACACACACACACACACUCACACACACAAGCUUACUUUCCGCUCAUCUUCCAACGCUCUUUUACACGCUCACUGCAACCGAGAGAGACACUUACACACGUAUAUUCAUGGGAAAGAAAAGUACUACACCAAUACAAUACAAUAUAUAAUCUCUUUAACCUCUAGUAGCAAUGGAAACGUUUGGAAAAAUGGUGUAUACAAUUCAGACCAGAAAUUUUCAACGAAUGUGAGGCAACAUACAUGAUUUUCAUACAACACCACGCAGAAAGAUCAAAACUGAAGGAAGAAAUAGAUAAAUGAAAAGAAAGUAAGAGAUAAAGAGAGUAAAUGAUACAAGACAUUAACACGAACCGCAAAACAAAAGAUCAGUGACAAACUCAAUAGUAAAACAUACACACCAACCUUAGAACGAGACAAAGCAAACCAACCUGACAGAAAUGUGACAGAUAAUACAUCAAAGUUUUUGCGAAAGAGAUUUACGUGGAACGCAUUCCUUCAGCUGAAGCGCUGGUUAGCAGCUGUGGGAAAACAAACCGCUGUUUAUUGAAGUGUGUGUGUGUGUGAGAGAGAGAGAGAGAGAGAGAGAGAGAGAGAGAGAGAGAGGACGAACGGAACGAAACAAAAAGAGAAAGAAAAAUUAACAAAGAAAAACACUGCAAGCAAAUUGCCAAAACCGUGCGAAGCGCGGUAACUCUUUAUAGACAUAUUAAGUCACCACUAUUAUAAUUAGUCCGUCAAUUUUUACAACAAUUGUUGUUAGAUAAUGUGUAAUGGAGAGUGCGGAAGCUGUUUGCUGUAUACCCACACGCUGAAGGAUGCGCUGCACACGUACUUUUUGGACAAACGAAACAACCGGGCAAUGGAACUAAGAGCAAAGAAAGAGAAGAAGCAAAUGGAUGCGAAAGAGAAAGAGAGAAAGAGAGCGGAUGGCUCAAGACAGCAGCAAACCUGCACAUUUGACCACAUAACAGUGAAAUAAAGUAUCUAAAAGCAAUUGAACGACAGCCAUGUAUAGCUACCAUGCUCAUCCAUCACCUCGGAAUAGUACUACACACUUGUAGUACAUCUGGCCUUUCCCGGAUUUCCACUUCUCAGCUUUUGGUGCUUUGGUGGCAUUUGCAAAACACUAGGUUGUUUCGCAGUUUUUGCAAUCUAGUUGAAGAGCAUAUGAAGAUGUUUGUCUCUGUCUCGCUUUUACUCUCUCUUUCACUUUCUCUCUACAUUUAUUUCCUUCUCAUUCUCACACUCUUUUUCUACCGUUUCUUAAUCCAAUUGCUCUCUGACUCGUUCUUUCUCUUUUAUAUGUCCUUCCACUUAGCUUCUCUUUUUCACUCUCUAACUCUCUCGCUCUCUCUCUCUCUCUAUGACACUCUAUCUUUCUCUUUAUGUCUCUUUCGUAACUACCACAAUCUACUCUGUCGACUACACCGAAACACUCCAUCAGAAUCCAAAUUGUUUUAGCAAAACGAAGCCAAGAACACAUUUACAUACAAACACAAAAACAUUUAAAACACAAAACCAAAAAUAAAACACAAACACACUGAGCGUAAAACAUACCAAGUACACCGAAACGCAUACAAACAAAAUCUGUUAAUGGUCGAAGAGACAGUUUUAGCGUUUAUCUAACGGAAACAGCAAAGCAAACAAACCGAACAGUAGAGAAAACGAGAACACAAGGAAGAAAGAGAAUGCAGGCUAACAGAUUCUCAGACAAACAAAAAUAUAAUCAAUAGUUGGUAACAUAAAUGUGAGAUGUAGCGAUAAAAGUAAACCAACAAAACGUAACAGAAAAAUAAAGCAACAAAAAAAAACGAGAGACAAACAAACGAACAAAACAUCCCAGCGGCGAAGUUCAGGCGGAGAGUUUGAGGCAGUUGUUCCCCUCGACUCAGUGGUUGCUCGUGCGCGAGACUAUUUGCUAGUUACUAGUUGUAAAGUUGUUUCCAGCAUCCACUGAAUUUGGAUCAGAAAAGGGAAGGAGGGUGAUAUAAGGGGGGGGGGGGGGGGGGGUAGGUGAGGAGAGACUUAGUUGGAAGCGAAUGAGCAGAUAUCACGAAACGGGGGGUGAAGGAAACCAACAAAACAUAAAACUGACGAAAAACGUAACAAACGAUUAACAUGCCAGAAAACAAUAAAAACUAAAUGAAUGAAACAUUAAGGGAACCGAAGCUUUUGCGGUCGAAUCGAAACCGGAAAGCGCGAACCAGCUUCCAAAACGCGCGCGCGCGCGCGUGUGUGUAAGUGUGUGUGCGUAAAGUCGCGUAGGAAGAAGUCACAGCGCGCGUUAGUAGGCAAAACAAAAGUGAAUUAAACUACGAAUUAAUUACAAGCGUCUUCAGGAAUGAAUAAAAAUCGUUGAAUUUAAACCCAAAAUGUCUGCACGCGGACGUGUUUGUGGUAGGGAGAGCGUGCAGAAAAAUAGAUGAAAAUUAACAGAAAAAAAGAAGAAGAAAAGGGAUAAGAAAACAUAGAAACCACCAAAAUUAAAUUAAAGGUGUUAAACACAAAAAAAGAAAUACAAACAAAAAUACACAUACACACACACACACACAAACGAUAGUCCUUAACAAAGACACAUUGUGAAAACAAACUAAUUAAUAAUAAUUGAACGAGGGAAGAGAAGUGUGGACAAAGCAAAGGCCACUAAUGUUGACAAUUCGCAGCCAAUACAUACACUCCGAGGAAGUCAGUAAUGGGGUGUAGAAACAAAACAAAACAAAAUUAUUAUUAUAACGAAAUAACGAAAUGAUCGGACACGCGGUGUCGAUGGUAAGCGUUUUAGGUUAGCGUUUAGUAGCGUCAUGUGUGCGCCAGGUUGAGUGGAGCGGAGAACCGAGACCUUAGCAGAAGUAAUCCCACCCGAAUCGUUAGUAUGCACACCACCAACAAAAACAACCACACACCAUCACAGUAAUAGGUAACUCACACCGAUCACUCACACACUCACAUACACACACACACGAUCAGUAGCAUCAGGAGCGUGCCGUUUCGUUCCAAGUCGAUAGAACGGACGGGUUUAGGUUUUAGCUUGUAUCCUCAACAGGUGGAUGGGGAAGAUUUAUGACAUGUCCACAAUUGAUAUUAUACUUUCCACCGUCUCUAGUUCACAUCGAGAGAGAGAGAGAGAGAGAAAGAAAGAAAGAGAGAGAGAGAGAGAGAGAGAGAGAGAAUAAGAGAGCAGAAUAAAUGACAUUAGGUUUGGCAAACGCUCCUUCCGAUUCGAUCACCCUCUUUCCCGCCGCUUCGUUAAGGCGCAAGUUCUUUGGUACUUUGUUGUAGACUGCCUAGUGUGGUAUAGCGGGGUUGGAAUCGGAACGCGAUGCUAGAGAGAAUAAAAAACCAGUAUUAAUAAAAGGGACUGCCCGGUCGCGUACGAUUUUCAUCCCAGCCCCAUACCAGGUGUAACUCGAACUCGAACUCGAUGUCCCCGCCAUGAGUGGGUUAGGCUUGCGAUGGAAGAAAUUUAACAAAACAAACAAACAAACAAAACCACUAGUGUGUACAGAUUUAAAAUUUGAGCACGGCCACGGUGAAAGUAAGGAUUGUAUGGAAACCGCUACCGAACGGAAGACACGGGUUGGACGACAAGCGGGAAGCUGCAAAUGGGACGGUAAAACAGAAUACUAACAACAACAAAAGCGCAAACCUAGAACCUACUCACACUCACGAAACAGAUACACACACACACACACACACUAACACCUUAACAAUGUAAGAAAACAAAACUGGAUGAAAUCUGCCACAAAGAAGAAGGCGAGAGAAAUGUUUGUACAGUAGAUGAUGUAGAAAUUGUUUCCUCAAAUGUAUAACCACAACCACAACUGGAAUACCAACCAAUGCUCUGUUAAUGAUAAAUAAAUUCGAACAAACCAACAGAAAACAGACACUCCCGUCUGGGGUCCGUCUCCAUAUUGUUACCACCCUGUUCUACCGCCCUGUUCCACACACACACACACACCAUUGUGUGUUGCGUGAAGGAACCGAAGGACGUUUUUUGUGGAACGAGGGUGAGCGAGAAACAUAACUGUGGCAGAACACCAUUUACUAACUCUAAACCACAAAUUCCAAUCAUUUUCGGGUUGAAAUUAUGAGGUUUGGACUUUAUUGGUCUAGUUUUUGUUUGUUACUCUCCGCAAUUUUUUUUUAUUAUAUUAAACUGUUAAAAAACACUUUGAUUGUUUUAUCUUCUCGUUCCUCGUUUUUGUCUCCCAAUUUGCUUGCGAUCGAUGCUAAAAGCUUGUAUAAAGAAGGCUCGUACUAUGCUUAUAUGCUUAUCUGCUUGCAAACGAAUUGAGACGUGCUUCACCAUUACACCGCUUCUUCGUUGGGUCUCUUCUAGUAAACCGUCUCGGAAAUCUUUACUAAGCAAAAACACACACGCGCACAUACACACUGUCAGUGCAAUUUGGUGCACGUUUUACACUCUCUUUAAAGGAAUAAAAACACACACACACACACACGCACACACUACAACAAAAAGCUAAAAAAUAAACAAAACAACAGGUAACGAAACAUCAAAUAGUGUAAUAGCAAGCGAUACCGAAAUACACCGAAAUAGGCGGAGUGGUGUGUUGGAUCUUAUCUAGAUAAUAACAAAACUAGCCGAACGCGAAGUGCCGUAUCGAACCGAAAGCAUCUAGCGUCUGUUUUUUUUUUUUUGUUUUCUUUUUGUGAAUGGAGGGCCAGAUAGUAAGGAAACAAACAAAUUCAAUGGACACAACGUAGGUAACAACGGUUGAGCAUAGGAAGAUUGCUGCUAGAGUGUAUGUGUGUGUGUGUGCGUGAGUGUGUAUGUGUAGAUAAACACACCGAGCAGACAAACCGUAACUCACACAAUUGCAACAAAACAAAACAAAACAAUACAGUUACUGGAUGUUAAUUGAAAGCGUAGGGAGGGGAGGGAAAACCAAAAUCGAAAACGGGGUAAACGAACACGCGCGAAGCAAGUCACCAAGUUGUUAAGGAAAGUUAUCUAAUUCUACUGCAAAAACGAAAGAACAAACAAAACAAAAAACAGUCAAAAAACAAGUCAAAAGCAUUGAGUAAAUUAUAAGGGAGGCAUUAGAGAAGAAAAACGAAUAAGAAAAUUGAACAGUGCAGAGGUGACAAACAGUAAGCGUAAAGAAAAGGAAAACAACAAAACCAUACUGUAAAAGCAAAAACCGUGUCGUUAUUGCCGUGUACACUAGCGUCGGUGGCAGGGAGGGAAAGCGAAAGGUGGUAAGAAAUACAAAAGCAAACAUAAACAAAACAAAACAACAACAACAACAACAAAAAAGGUUAAACAAAACAGUUGUAGGUAAUCAGACAGAAUUAUAGCGUGUAAGCAAACCAGAAUAACGCAAAGAAAAAAAGGGGAGAGUAGUAUUAAGCAUUCGAUUAUGCCAAGAGGGUAGUAACCAAGGGGGAGGGAAAGAUUAACACAUUAAAGACAUUUCCACUAGAGAACAAACAAACAAGCGAAACAACAUACCCAUACACUUGGCCGAACUCAGCGAAACCGAGUCUCGGUAGAGGAGGAAGCAUUCAACUGAAGCAAACAAACCACUCACAUAAACAGAAAAAGUGAAACAAAACAACUCCCCCCCCCCCCCCUCUCAGCCCAGAAAAUACCAAUCGUUAAAUUAGUCAGUUGAGUUGUAAGUGUUAGCCGUGUGUGCGGAAAGCAACGAGAAGAACCUGGAUCCGACGGAGAGGGUAUCUCGUGGGACGAUGAUAGUGUGUUCACCAAGGGCGUUUGUUGUGUUGUGUGCAUACAUCCUGCCACCGAACUGGCUCGAACUGGCAACCAAUGUAACGUGGAGCACAGGGGAGGAUUUGUUGGAGGUACUUGUGUCACCACUUGUGUUUAGCUUUUCGGUACACGCGUGUAGGUCCAACCUGUGCUCCAGUAGUAGUAACUCAUGUCCACCUCCCUCUCCACGAAAACCCGCCGAUUGUGAAUCGCACGAAGAAGAUGAUAAUGAUCACCACUAUUUAGUGAACACUUGACCGCGAAAGUGCUUGAGAAGCCCUGACUGCUAGGGUUUCCUUUCUCGAGCAGUUGCGAUUGUUGUUAGAAAUAUCAAGAAAAGAAAACAAAAAAAACAUAACUCAACAGGAAGCGAUAGGGGCACCACAACGAUUCGUAACGAUUCCUCUAUGCACCAGAUCCAGACAUCUACAUGCACGCAGACAUGCACACAAAACCACUCUCAUACACACACAAACGCAUUAAUACAAAUGCAUACGUUCGCACACGUACAUUGCAAACAUUGUUAUACACCGGCUCAGGUGUACACGGGGGUAGAUGCAGCACGAUGCGUUGAGUGCACGCGCUGCAGAAGGAAACAACAUCAAAUGUUAUGGCCUUACGAAGGCACGAGCAGCAGUAACAGAGCAGGUAUGCGUACAGUUAUGAACAGCAAGAGAACAAACGCUUGAACUUUUUCUGUUUUCAGACCAAAACUCUGUUCAAUUCUGUCUUCCGAGAGCCUUUCCGCUGCUGCAUCCUUUUCCAAGACUCACACACACACGCUGAUGCACACAAACACAAACUCACGCUGUGCCGAAUGGUGCAGUACUUGUUGUACUCAUUUCGCCCCGCCCCAAAGAAGCAUUGUUGAUCUUUGUUGAGCUGACUAGUGAAUAGGAAAGUUAUAUUACGUUUGUGUUCUGUGUGGCGAAAGUUUGGAAGAGUUUUAUGUGCAACGAUCAAAGGUUAGGGUAGAAAAUCUAUGACGAUAUUGGGACACAACCCUUUGCUAUCCAGUUUGCCGCCAGUGGCAAAACGGACUUUGCCAAACCAAACAAAAGAAGAGGAAAGAAAAAAAAAACAGACAACAAAACACACAAUCACAUAGUUGAGAUUUGAAUAUGAACACACCAAGCGUUUUGCAAGUAUAGUCAAAGUUUCUGGUUGCAGAAAACAAAUUCAACAACAGCUACAACAACAAAAGCAUUUUAAUUUAGUUACUACUCGUGUAACACAGAUUGAUCGUAUGUAUAAAUUUUAGAAAGGAAAACAACCAGAAGCUAAGUUCUGUUCAACAUGCUGUUCAUAAUUCCAACGCAACCGUUAAUGAAUGAGCAUGAUUAUAUAGCCAAAAAGAAGAAAAAAAAGGAAAGGCAGAAAGCCACGAAUUAAGGGAAUAAUAAAAGUUAAAGAGUAAAUAUAUACAGCCACACAGUCACACCAAAACAUAAAACGAAACAAAAACGAAACAAAAAACAAGUCAGAAAAAAUAGAAAAAAAAGAUAACAUUGAAUCCAAAACAAACACACUCUUACACACAAACAAUUGCCAACCCAAAAGUGGUGCGUUGAAUGCAAGUAAAAACAGAGAUGUAAGUGAGUUUAACCUAAUGACUAACUACUUGGAAGAAUGACAAAUGGCAAACACAACAAACAAAACGUACACACAACACGCAACACCGUUCUCGAGCGCCAAAGUCGUCGAAGAAAUCGAAGCGGAGAGAAGAAGGGAAAAAUAAGAUAAGAAGAGAGAGAGAGAGAAAAAAACAGAUGAAAAUACUUCAAACCGAACGGAAUAGGUUAAACAAAAAACGGCAGCAGAGCAGCAGCAGCAGUGAAGGGGACAAACACGAAAGUAUUAAAGUAUUUUAUUUCAAUUUAUGAUUUCUAGCGAAAAACAAAAAAGGGACAAAAAACAAAACUAAUAAAAAGAAAAAGAAAGGAAUAAAGUAUUAAUAUCCGAAAAUGAA